CUGCCUGUCAGAUGGUUUGUUGUUGUUCUGUCUGGCAGGUUGAGAGGGGGAUGUGAAAGUGAGAAAUUUAACAAGGUGAACCAGGAAACAGGACAGCCGGGCGUCCAAUCAGAUGGAGCUUCAGCAGCCGUAACUUUCUUUGACGGAAGAGAAGACUUUUGUGGCACGAGCUCGUCAAACUGAAGACGUCGGCAGAGUUAGACGGUGAAAAAGAGGCUUUCAGCAUCCUGUGUUUGCAGCGGAGGUUGGAAGGUCAUCAGUGGACGGUACGAUGAGAGAAGAGGUGUCCUGCACCAACUCCCCUGAAGGAGGGCUGGGGGCCAGUGAAGAGGAGCUGGAGAGAGGAUCGAAAAAGAGCCUCCAGUCAGCAAACCGAAAACGGUCUCCUUAUCCUAAGAAGGACAGCCUCGGCCAGGCAGAGGAGAGCAGCACCGGCAGCCCCAGCAGCCUGCUGCCAUCUGGGCCAAAGAGGGUGAAGAAAAGCCCCUCGACUGUCGUGUCGUUGGCCCCCACGUCUCUGGGUCCGAGGCCGGAGCCUCCCUUCGAAGAACUCCACUCUCAGCGCGUCAUUGCCAACGUGCGGGAACGUCAACGCACUCAGUCCCUGAACGACGCUUUCGCCUCCCUACGCAAGAUCAUCCCCACGCUACCUUCAGACAAGCUGAGCAAGAUCCAGAUCCUGAAGCUGGCCUCGCGCUACAUCGACUUCCUCUACCAGGUGCUGCAGAGUGACGAGAUGGACGCCAAGUUGGCCAGCUGCAACUACCUGGCCCACGAAAGACUUAGCUAUGCCUUCUCCGUGUGGAGGAUGGAGGGGGCCUGGGCCAUGUCCACCAGCCACUAGGACCCCACUGAACUUCUCUAUAUACCCUCUCGUGUCCACCUCCCCCACCUCUGUCUGUUCGCACCCAUUUCCUGACCCCUGAACCUCUGAAUUCUGCCCUCAUGGUCUAAUCUUUACCUUUUCAUCUAAAACAUUUCUGAUCCUCUUUGACCUCUGUGCUCCACUAACAGUUCCCUCCAUCUCUACAUCAGAAUUAGGUGAAAAUAUGCCACUAAAACCUUCCUUUCUUCCUGUUCCCCUCCACUGUUUCCACUUCUCUCCCUUGUCUGUCCCACAGUUUCGUCCAGUGCAGCAAGUCGCUCCACUGCAGCCCCUCAGACAAACCGACAAAUGGAAAAUUCUCUACACUCGAAGAAAUUUGUUCCUGCCUCACCACAUAUCUCCACUUUUAAAAAAAAAAAAAAUCUUUAAUCUUUCUCUGGACAUGUGCUCAACUCCUGGCUCCAAGAUCUAUCUUUCAGUCUUCGCUGAGCAUUUCUGAAGCGCCGGUGAGGAGACAGUGACAUUCUGGUGAACAUUUUGAAUGACGAAAAACAAGAAAUAAAAAGAAGAAAAAAACAAACAGCUGGCCUGCGGUGACAAUGAAACAAAAUGGCUGCUGGUACGAGUGCCUUCGGUAACACCGUGGUAACCAAGAUCCAGCCGACUCUACACGUCGGUUGAGUGACUGCCAGACAGACAUUAAGAUGACUAAUGAUAAUGGCACAGUGAUGGUUAGAGGGCGGUCACAGCCAAUGAAUGUUUACAGCUAAAAUGCUAAUAAGCUAAUCGCUCUGGCUCUCAAGGCCCCGUCUUGUGGGAAGAGGAAGAGCUCGAGGAAUCUGACGCGGAUCCUCUCCUUUUUGUUGUGCUGUAGUAACUGGAUGGCUUUCUGUGUAUUUUGGGGGAUUUAAAGUGUAUCUGUUUGUGAAUUUUGGUAUAUGCACACUGUAUUACUUAAACUCUGCUUAUGCAUUACUCUCAGCUUUAGUGAAAAAAAGCCUUGAAACCACUGAUCACACUUCAGCCACUUCUGUUUAUUUACACGUCAGCUUUUCUGCCUGUAGUGAGCGCUGCAGAAAGUUGUAUUUUAUAUCGCAAGAAACCUGGAUUUACGUAGGUGUCCAUUUCUGCAGCUUUCAAAUGCCUUUGCAUACUUAUUUUCACUGAAUAAUGCAAAAAAAAAAUUUAAAAUAAAACAGCAGUUUGUAGAUGUGUUCAUUGUAACCAUGUAAAUACUUGCUGUUUCACCGUGUUUCUUUUGUGCUGUUUUGCUUUCGAUCAUUGUUCUUGUGUCAUCUCCUGUGGACAAUAAAGUUUUUCUCCAUGUUG